CGGUGUCGCACAUUUUGCAGAAUCACCAUGGCGCUGAGGGAGACUGCGGGACUGUACGAGACCCUCAAAUCAGAGUGGAACAAGAAGAACCCCAGCCUCAACAAAUGCGGGGAACUUCUCAUCAAGCUUAAGAUUUCCUUACUUGAGCUGAAUUUUUUACCCACCAGUGGAUCUGCUCUCACUAAGCAGCAGCUCAUUCUAGCUCGAGAUGUCCUUGAGAUCGGAGCCCUCUGGAGCAUCCAGAAGAAGGACAUCCCAGCCUUUGAGAGAUACAUGGCUCAGCUAAAAUGUUACUACUUUGAUUACAAGGAGGAACUGCCAGAAGCUGCCUACAUGCACCAGUUACUUGGGCUGAACCUGCUCUUCCUGCUGUCACAGAACCGCUUGUCUGAGUUUCACACAGAACUUGAGAGAUUGACUGCACGGGACAUUCAGACCAACGUGUACAUCAGACAUCCGGUGUCCUUAGAGCAGUACUUGAUGGAGGGAAGCUACAACAAGGUCUUUCUUGCAAAAGGCAACAUCCCUGCUGAGAGCUACAACUUUUUUAUAGAUAUUCUGCUCGACACAAUUCGGGAUGAGAUUGCAGGCUGCAUAGAGAAAGCGUACGAGCAGAUCCAGUUCAGCGAAGCGACUCGAGUGCUUUUCUUCAGCUCCCCCAAAAAGAUGACAGAAUAUGCCAAGAAGAGAGGAUGGAGUCAGAGCCCAGAUGGCUAUUACUCUUUCUCCAGUCAGCAGCAGCGAACAGAAGAAGUGACCAUCCCCUCCACAGAGCUGGCACAACAGGUCAUCGAAUACGCACGACAACUGGAAAUGAUUGUGUAAUCCGCCCCCAGGAACACUCAGCCAUGUACAGACAAACACGUCGUCAGCUCAAAACAGUUUCACCAAGGUUUUGACUUCAUUUAUUGCCACAGUGUUUGAUUUGUUUUCCAUAAAUUAAAGAUCUCCUCCUUUAUUCCUCCAGUUUUCUUACAUGCAUCCACAGAUCUUUCUGUCUGGCAUUUUUGUUUCCAUUUUAAAUUAUGUGGAACAAAACUGAAAGUAUGAUAGUCUUCUGCAGUUUCUACCCUUUGUUGAAGACAUUUGAGAUUUUCAAGACGAAUAAUUAUUUUAAGAUGACUUGACACACUCUUAAAUUGAGCUUUCUGUAUGGUCAUUCCCAGUAAGUGACAGUGAAACAACAAAACUACCAUAUUAAAGGAAAAAAAAAAACCUUUUUUGUUUGUAACUACAGGAAAGUUAGUCAUCACCCUGUGGCUUUCUUUGUCUUCUAUGAACACAACCCAAGUUUUUUUAAUUUCCCUUCUGAAGUUUAAACAGGUUUUUUGUAUACAAAGUUUUAUCCACAGUACUAACAGAAAUGUAUGAACCUUCUUUGUAUCCACAACUGAAAGAAUUGCCAUUGAAGUUUGAGUGUUUUCUAAGUAGUAAUUCCACUUCCUCCCUGGAUGAUUUGUUGUUCACUCGAUCUUAUAAUGCAAUUCUUUGUCUGAAAUAAAUGAUUCA